CAAAAAAGCAGUUUCUUGGUUUCUUCUUUAUUUUUGUGUCCCUUCUUGGUCUCUUCGAUCUCAUCUGGAACAGCUCCAUCUUUGGGGGUUUAUAGUUGCAAUUCUUGUUCUGUCUGCAUCAAAUAUAUCUUUUGGUGUCUGUUUGAAUCGAUUUGAGUAGAAAUCAUUUGAAGAAUGAGAAGAAGGUGUUGAUUUUUCUCUGGAUGGAGCAGCUUGUUAACUUCAUUAUUCGACCUCCAAGAGCUGAAUACAAUCCGGAACAUGAUCUAUUGGAACAGGAGUUCUUGCUGAAAGGGAGAUGGUACCAGAGGAAGGAUCUAGAGGUAAAAAACAGCAGGGGAGAUACCCUUAAGUGUAGUCAUUACAUGCCAGUUGAGCGUUCUCAAGAUAGGCCUCUUCCUUGUGUAGUAUACUGCCAUGGAAACAGUGGAUGCAGAGCUGAUGCCAGUGAAGCUGCAAUCGUAUUACUUCCUUCAAACAUCACAAUUUUCACUCUUGAUUUUUCGGGAUCUGGUCUCUCAGGCGGAGAAUAUGUCACAUUGGGUUGCAAUGAAAAAGAUGAUCUGAAAGCGGUGGUUGAGUAUCUACGCACAGAUGGAAAUGUCUCCCUCAUUGGCUUAUGGGGUCGUUCUAUGGGUUCUGUCACAAGCUUGAUGUAUGGAGCCGAGGAUCCCUCUAUCGCAGCGAUGGUUCUAGACAGCCCCUUCUCUGAUUUGGUUGAUUUGAUGAUGGAACUAGUAGAUACAUAUAAGUUUCCGUUACCCAAAUUUACUAUAAAAUUUGCAAUACAAUAUAUGCGGAGAGCUGUUCAGAAGAAAGCCAAGUUUGACAUAACGGAUCUCAACACCAUUAAGGUCGUAGCGAAGUCAUGUUUUGUUCCAGUUUUAUUCGGACAUGCCAUAGACGAUGACUUUAUUCACCCUCAUCACUCAGAGCGUAUAUAUGAAGCAUACGUAGGAGACAAGAAUAUAAUCAAAUUCGAGGGAGACCACAAUUCACCGCGGCCACAGUUCUACUUUGAUUCUAUAAACAUCUUUUUCCAUAACGUUCUUCAGCCUCCUGAGGUGUCUGGGCCAACAACACUUUUUAACCCAUUGGAUGACUAUUUUGCCAAGGGCAGUUGGAACACCAUGAAAGAACUAAACUCUCCACCAUCUUCAGCACAGAAAAGUAUAGCUGCGAGCAGUAACUCCGAUUCAGUCAAUGAAGUCCGCAUGAAAAGACCUAUGAGUCGCACAGAGGUUCCUUCCAACGUCCCAUCUAAUCAAUCAUCGUCAGAAACGAAGGAAAAAGAGGGGUCAAGUAGUUCAUCUUCUGAUAUGAUAAGCUUCGAUUUCUCAAAUGGGGAUCCAUAUCCUCCUCAUCAUCUCGCUGUAGCUUUAGAUGAUGAUCAAUAUGUGGAGUUUCAAGUAGAGGACUUGGCAGAUUUUCCAUCUAAUGCUGAGGAAGAGGAGAGGAUGCUGAUGGAAGCAGUGAUGAAAUCGCUGGAGGCUGAAGAAACUCAUCAGAACAAAGAAGAAUCUUCCAGGACCAACACUGAAGAAAAACAAAGUAAUGCUGCUGCUGCUUAUACUACAGAACCAGCGUCUGAGACAGAUUCUGCAUCCGGUCCAACACAUGAUGCACCAUCAUCUUCAGAAGCCGAUGCUACACUUAAAAUAUCGGAUUCCCAGAACACAAAUGACUCCAUUGAUUUGUCAGCACGUACAAAGGCAACAGUGACUGUGGUUGGACGUAGUAGCACAUCAGGAAACGUCUUAGACGGGUUAUUACGACGACGAUGGGAUCUUAACUUCUUCAAAAGUAGAUAAAUUUUCAUUACUAAGUUAAAUGUGUUUUGGUUUUGGGUAAAAAAAUAGAAAGGUCAAGUGUUUUAUUAAAGGUUUGUCAUGACAAGUUUUAUUCAUAUGCUGUGUCUUGGCAAAAAUCUAUCUUAAAGAGAUGAAAUCAUCUCAUGUUCAACUCUUUAUCCUCUUGUUAUGAAAUGUAACGAGAUCACCAUGUAUUUUUUUUUAACCACUAGUCAUGUAUUUAUGAACAUAUAAUGCAAUCAUCGUACAUGAUUUUGCUCACAUUUCCUGGAAACAGCAAAUACU